AUGACGACUCAGAUGAAGGAGCCCUUUGUGACAGGAGACAGGGGCUCUGUGAUGCAGGCAUGGGCCCAGCUGAAACUCCCAGAAAGAACUCUCAGCAUUCAGUUACCUGAGAACAACAGUGCUAUACAGAUGGAGAAUUUUCUUUUCCUUCUGGAAAGCGUUGACACUUCAUGGCUGACCCCCAGCUUCACUACUUGGGCAAUGGACAUGAUCCUUGCCUUUGUGUGUGGGCUGGGGCUCUUCCACCUAUUACUUCUCCUCCACCUUAACUCACGCUCACUUCCACCAGCGGAAAACACCACCACCCAAAAGGUGGUGAAGAGGGAGUACAGCAAGGUCAGGAAGAAAAUCAGGACCAUGAAAGCUUACAGAGGCAGCAGGAAGAAACCCAAGGGGGACAAGGUACUGGUUUCCCUUCUGCACAGCAUGCUAGAGAGGCUUGUCGAAACCGUCAGCUUUUGCCAACUCUUAGGACAAGAUGCCUCGGGUGAAGCGUCUAAGCCAGAAGCUGCCAAAGCUCACCUGCCACCUAGUCAGCCCACAGAGAAGUCUUUGGCCACCAGUUUGUCCCUAGCGGUUUCCUCUGCUCCUCUCAAAGAUUCUAAAAUCUCGUCACCUGUCCUGCUGAAUUCCUCAGCUUCUACUGAGUCACAGUUUUCUGUGAGUGCCUCUCAGCCACCAGAGACCCUGACUCCUGGAAGAUGUUAUUCACCACCACUGGCACCUUCCCACCCAUGUCAUCCUCCUGAUCCUGUGGCUUGUCCUCCACCAAUGCUAGAUCCCAGCACAAAGGCUCCUUGGUGUGACUGGAAAACACUGGGAACCUCACAGAGUACACCUCUGCCAGGUUUGCCUUCUCCAAUCCCAAUGACCCCAGGCCUUAACCAUUCAAGGAAGCCUACCUCUACCACCCUAGGCCUUGACCACUCAAUCAAGCCUACCUCUACCACCCUAGGCCUUGACCACUCAAUCAGACCUACCUCUACAACCCCAGGCCUUCACCACUCAAUCAGGCCUACCUCAACAUCCCCCGGCCUUGACCACUCAAGCAGGGAGACUUCCACCACCUCAGGCCUUAAGCACUCAAGCAGGAGUACCUCAACCUUUCCAGGCCUUAACCACUCAAGCAGGCCUAUCUCAACCACCCCAGAUCUUGACCUCUCAACCUGGCCUACCUUAACUAAUCCAGGCCUUAACAACUCAAGCAGGCCUACCUCAGCCACCACAUGCCUUAACUAUUCAAGCAGGGGGGCCUCCACCACCACAGGUCUUGACCACUCAAGUAGGCCUACCUCAACCUCCCCAGGCCUUAGCCACUCAAGCAGGGGGACUUCCACCACCAUAGGCCUUGACUACUCAAGCAGGCCUACCUCAACCUUUCCAGGCCUUAACCACUCAAGCAGGCCUAUCUCAACCUCCCCAGAUCUUGACCUCUCAACCUGGCCUACCUCAACUAAUCCAGGCCUUAACAACUCAAGCAGGCCUACCUCAGCCACCACAUGCCUUAACCAUUCAAGCAGGGGGACUUCCACCACCCCAGGCCUUGACCACUCAAGCAGGCCUACCUCAACUACCCCAGACCUUAACCACUCAAGUAGCUGCCAAAACCUGGUGCCACUCCAACUCACCACAUGGUGA